AUGUUGCAGUGCAUAGAGGGGUUUAAGCAUUUGUUUGCUCCUCUAUUGCGAUGUUGUGACCUUGACUUAUAUAAGCAGACAACUGGUCUUGAAGAUCCUGAAAUCCUUGCGAGGGAGACAGUUUUCAGUGUGAGUGAAAUUGAAGCACUUUACGAGCUCUUUAAAAAGAUCAGUAGUGCUGUGAUUGAUGAUGGGCUGAUCAACAAGGAAGAGUUUCAAUUAGCAUUAUUCAAGACGAAUAAAAAAGAAAGUUUGUUUGCUGAUCGGGUAUUUGAUUUGUUUGAUACAAAGCACAAUGGGAUACUUGGUUUUGAAGAGUUUGCUCGUGCUCUCUCCGUUUUCCAUCCAAAUGCCCCUAUUGAUAAAAAGAUUGAGUUUUCCUUUCAAUUGUAUGAUCUCAAGCAGCAGGGUUUUAUUGAAAGACAAGAGGUGAAGCAAAUGGUAGUUGCUACACUUGCUGAAUCUGGCAUGAACCUAUCAGAUGAUGUAAUAGAGAGUAUAAUCGACAAGACUUUUGAGGAAGCGGAUACAAAGCAUGACGGCAAGAUUGAUAAAGAAGAAUGGAGAAACCUUGUUUUGCGCCAUCCAUCACUUCUCAAGAACAUGACCCUUCAAUAUCUAAGGGACAUCACCACAACAUUCCCAAGCUUUGUAUUCCAUUCACAAGUGGACGAUACUUGA